AUGGGUGUCAAAACAUUCAAGAUAGGCUCUGCGGCAGGCAAUCAUAGUGACCGCAAAUCUUCUAACAGUUCAACGACUUCAAAGGUUUCUCAUGAAUCUGCUAACCUGCCUGAACCAUUUCCUAGUCCUCGAAUUCCACCGCUUGGAAAGAAACGACUUGCCAACGUCCCUCCAUCCGAUUACAGCAAAAUGGUUCUCAACCAAGCCAGAGUUAAAUCCGUCUUGAGCGGUGACAGUCUUGUCCUUUCCUCUAUCGAGAAUCCUGAUCGCGAGCGCAUUUUGUCCUUAGCUUAUUGCACUUCGCCACAUCUGCGAAAGGAAGGCGAUGAACCAUUUGCUUUUGAGUCUCGCGACGCUCUGCGAAAAUUAGUUGUGGGCAAGGUGGUACAGUUUCAAGUAUUGUACCAAAUUCCAAAUACUAAGCGCGAAUACGGACUUGUCUUCCUUAACGAUGGAACCAAAUUACCCGAAGAAAUGAUAAAGGAAGGUUGGAUCAAAUUGAGAGAAGAUGCGGGUCGAAAAGAAGACUCCGAAUCAGCUCUUCAGCAACUCGACGCAUUACGUUUGUACGAAGCUACCGCACGCAGCGAAGACAAGGGUUUAUGGCAAACCAAUGGUGGACGUAUUGAGGUUCAACAUGACAUGGGCAAUUCUCAAAAUUUCUUGGAUACAUGGAAGGGAAAAACAGUCGAUGGUUUGGUCGAACGUGUUUUGAGUGGUGAUCGAAUGCUUGUGCGUUUGAUUGUUUCUCCCACGCAGCAUAUCCAAGUUAUGACUUUGGUUGCUGGUAUCCGUGCACCAGCUACUGAGAGAGUUAACCCAUCGAAUGGACAAACUGCUCCUGCCGAACCGUUCGGAAACGAAGCAAGACAUUUCGUCGAGGAACGAUUAUUACAAAGAAAUGUUAAAUUACAUAUUCUUGGACUCAGCCCACAAAAUCAACUCAUCGCUUCAGUCAUACAUCCUAAAGGAACCAUUGCCAAAUUCAUCCUCGAAGCUGGACUUGCACGAUGUACCGAUUUUCACUCUACACUUCUUGGCUCAGACAUGGCGGCAUUACGUGAGGCUGAAAAGCGUGCACAACAUGCCAAGCUCGGUCUCUUCAAAGACCAUGUUGCAAAGAAUAAUGGUUCAGGUGGAAGUCUUGAGGUAACAGUUACCAAGAUUUUCAGCGCCGAUCAAAUUUACGUUCAGAACAAGGCAGGCGUUGAGAAGCGCAUAAACAUCAGUAGUAUUCGUGGACCUAGACCUACUGAGCCAUCUGAAUCUCCCUUCAGAGAUGAAGCCAAGGAAUUCCUUCGAAAACGCCUCAUUGGAAAGCAUGUCCGAAUUAGUAUUGAUGGAUCAAGACCGGGCACCGAAGAUUAUGAUGCCAAGGAAGUUGCCACGGUUACUCUUAAUGAUAAGAAUAUUGGUUUGCAAUUAGUCCAGGAAGGUUGGGCCUCAGUAAUCCGCCAUCGCAGAGAUGACACUGACCGAGCUCCUAAUUAUGAUGAACUUCUGGCUGCACAAGAGAAAGCUAAGGAAGAAAAGAAAGGGAUGUGGUCUGGAAAGGCUGCUAAGGCAAAGCAAUAUCUUGAUGCAUCCGAAACUGUCCAAAAGGCUAAAUUACAUGUCGGAACAUUACAACGACAAAAGAAAGUUCCAGCCAUUGUUGAUUUUGUCAAAAGUGGUGGCCGAUUUGUUGUACUCGUCCCUCGUGAAGGCAUCAAAUUAAACUUUGUUCUUGCUGGUAUUCGAGCUCCUAAGUCCGCGAGAAAUCCAAGCGAAAAGAGCGAACCAUUUGGUAAAGAAGCACACGAUCUUGCUUCAAGAAGACUAUCACAACGUGAUGUUGAAAUCGAUGUACAUAAUACCGAUAAAGUUGGUGGCUUCAUUGGUGAGCUUUAUAUAAAUAAGGAGAGCUUUGGUAAAAUUUUGGUUGAAGAAGGUUAUGCCACUGUUCAUCAACAUUCAGCCGAGCAAUCCGGAAAUUCAAAGGAAUUAUUAGCAGCUGAAAAGCGUGCAAAAGAUGCUCGAAAGGGUAUCUGGGCAGAUUGGGAUCCAUCAUUAGACGAGGAAGAGGAAGAAUACCAACCUGCCAACGACAACAACGACGAAGUCGCCCCAAUCAAGAGGGAAAAGGAUUACCGAGAUGUUGUUGUUACCGAAAUUGCUGAAGAUGGAAAGUUAAAACUUCAAAUCAUCGGUACUGGUACUUCAGCUCUUGAGACUUUGAUGACUCAAUUCAAAUCUUUCCAUUUGAAUCCAUCCAACUCAGCUGGUCUUCCUGGUCCACCUAAGGCAGGUGAUUAUGUUGCAGCCAAGUUUACUGAGGAUGGUCAAUGGUACCGUGCUCGCAUACGCUCCAAUGAUCGUACUGCUAAGGAGGCAGAAGUUGUUUACAUUGAUUAUGGUAACAGUGAGAAGAUUCCUUGGUCACGUCUUCGACCACUUUCUCAACCACAAUUCUCAACUCAAAAGCUUCGUCCACAAGCUGUGGAUGCCAUUUUGACUCUUCUUCAAUUCCCUACAAAUAAGGAUUACAUGAGAGAAGCAAUUGACUUUAUCACCCACAACACAGCUGGUAGAGAACUUGUUGCAAAUGUGGAUUAUACAGCUCCAGAUGGAACUUUAUAUGUCACUUUGUUCGAUGCCAAGAGUCAAAAUUUGACUGAUAGUAUCAAUAAUGAUGUUGUAGCUAUGGGUCUCAGCAUGGUUCCAACUAAGUUGAAGGGUUGGGAGAAGGGAUUUGCAGAUGUUAUCAAGAGUUUGACCGAGAGUCAAACUCAAGCUAGACAGAAUCGUCAGGGUAUGUGGGAAUAUGGUGAUGCUUAUGAAGAUUAA